AUGGCAUUCUUCUUCUCUGGUCUUUCCAGCUCUAUCGGCAAGAAGCUCCUGUUGUAUGGGUUACGUCACAUCGACAUCUUGGACAAGGAUCCCGCCGACUUCGUCAGUGUUGAUGUUGGCAAGCAUACGACACUCGUGGUUCGAGAUGUCGGGCUACACGUCAAGAAACUUGUCGCGCUUCUACACCUCAGACUGCCGCCUGAGAUCCAACUCUUCGGCGCUCGAGCGUCUCUGCUGCGAGUCACGUUCGUUCUUGAGUUUGGCGUACCUCAGAUCUCGAUCGAGGUAGAUGGUAUACAGGUACAGGCUCGGCUCUUGGAUGGCGCGGAGAGGCCUGACUAUCCGUUGCAAUGCCAAAAUUCACAAAUCCAUCCUGGACAGUCAUUACCACCGAAUUCCGAUGACGAAGAUGGCAAUUACGAUUCGGAUGGCGAGAGACAUGUGCCAACCGUUGAUGAGUUGGCUAAAUCUUUCCUGCGGGCAGAACCUGACGAUGAGAUCCUUGAGCUGGAACAAGAGUUGGAGAACCGACCCUCCCACAUGCAAGCGUCGUUUGCAUCCAGUAAUGAUAGCGAUGAGGGCUCAGCUGGGAUGGGCGCACCUUUGUCGCUUCCGAGCUACCUGAGAAGCAUUCUCAACACUGCGCUGGAUCGCCUCAGCGUCUCAGUUAAUGAUGUCAACAUUGAAAUGGAGGACUCUUUCACAGACUCCUCCCCAGAUGCUUUAAAACCUGGCCAAGAAACACCAGCGCUACUCGCGUUUCAUAUUGAGCGCAUAUCUAUCGACUCUCUCACUUCUCAGGACGUUCGAGUAGAUGUACAGCCUGCAGAUUCCAUGGCAGAUCCCGAUUCGAAGCUGGGCAAACGACGGCUGCGUGUGAAGAACAUUUGCGCUAGGCUGAUAUCUGAUGUCGAUAAUUGCAUUUCUAUGUUGCGGACAUCACAAUCAUCUUCACCUCUGACAACACGUUCCCAGGUCUCGGUAGAACAGGACGCACCGGAUCCGCCUCCCGAGACAACGCUUACAAAUGAUUCGGUCUCGCAUUCCAAGCCCUAUUAA